AAUUCGUUGUCAUGAAGUGCAUUGCGUGUUUAUCGCAAAUUCGAACGUUAUGAUAUUUUUGCAACAAGCUUGUCGAAGUUAUUAGAAUUUGAUAAAAAAAAAAUAUAUACAUACAUGUAUAUUGAAAAGUGCAUUUACUAAAUAAUGGCAAAUUUUCUUAGCUGUAAUGCCUACACAACGAAAUUGAUUUCAUUUCCAAAUCUUGUGCUGUGACAGCCAUUUUGUUUCGUUUUCGUUUUUAGUACACACACGUAGGUUAAUGUCAGCAAUAAUAGUUAUUUAUCUCUUUCCCUCUUGAGUGUCCAGCAUUGUCAUGACAAUUAGACAAGUGAAAUCGUUAUAUGCGCGUUUUAGUUCGAAAAUUGUAUAUUUGACGGCUUGCAAACGCGCGUCUCGAUCAUAACGCGUACGUGCAGAAAAUUGCAAAAAUAUAUGGUAAAAAUUGUUUAAAUAAAAGCAAAGUGCACAGCAACGUUAAUUUGCCAACAACAUUAAGUGUGUUGAAGAAAAGUUCCAACUUGUGCAUAGUUAAAGUUCAUUAAAAUAUAUCCGAGUGUAAAGAUAGAUACUAACUCAACAAAUAUUAUCGGAUUAACCGAUACAAUAUAAUAAUAACAAAAAAACCUUGAUACAUACAAGUAUUAUGUGUACGAAAAUAACUACGUUUAGCACACAAAAAUUCAGGACCUAAAAUUGCGAAAGCAGUUUUAAUGCUCCACAAUUGAAUUGGGCUGUAUGAUUCUAACUAGAUAAAUUGCAAAAGGUACAAUUCCAACUUUUUAAGUACGUGAAAAUACUUCGUGUGAGCAUAAAAACGGACAAAGCGGAAAAAUGUGCGGUUUCACAAGCUGAUCCCGAAUUCUACUUCUGUUGCUUUAAAUGUAUGUUAUUCAACUUGCUAUAAGAUGCGGCGUUCAAUAACAACAGCAGCAACAAAAAUCACAUCAACAUUAGUAGCAAAAUCAAUUCGCAGAAUAUUAUUUCAAAGCACGGAAGGAUCGAGAGCUACCUUUAAACUAAUCUAUUACCACAAUACUAGACUGCAAAAGAGGAUUUGAGUACGUUCACUAUACGGAAACGCAAGAAAGCAAAUACUACAAGCAAAAUUUAUUUAGAUAGUCGGUAGACAUAAAGGGGAAGAACUGCGUAGGCUGUACAGACUGCCCAAAAUCAGCCACAAUCAUUAACAAGAAGUCAUUGUCUGUAUACAACGUAGUAGUCCGUAGCAUCUUCCCUAUAUAGAAAAAUAAAGUCUCACUUCGGUACCACAUUAGACAACUCGUUUUAUAUAGUGUUCACACAAAAAACAAAAAAAUUCGUACACACUCAGCAAUAUCACGCAAAAAAAAAGCUGUUCCUGUUAUUUAUUUACGAAUUGCGUAGAAGACGUCAAUAAACCACCUAACGCCCACACGCGAGUAUUAACAAAGCAAAAAAAUUUCACGUUCUGCUAGUGUGCGUGUGGGUGUGUGCUGUACAAAAGCUUAAACAUGCCGCAGGAUCCGCCGCCACGCGAUGAACCGUACGUAGAGCCGGUUAACGGCAUCGUGCAACCCCCAACCGUACCACCACCUGAUCGACCCGGUCGCAACACAAAUCAACUGCAGUAUCUCAUUAAAACCGUGAUGAAAGCAAUUUGGAAACAUCAUUUCUCUUGGCCAUUCCAGCAACCGGUCGAUGCAAAAAAACUUAACCUGCCCGAUUACCAUAAGAUUAUCACACAUCCAAUGGACAUGGGUACGAUAAAGAAACGUUUGGAAAACAACUACUAUUGGUCGGCCAAAGAAGCCAUACAGGACUUCAAUACAAUGUUCACCAAUUGUUAUGUCUACAAUAAACCUGGUGAAGAUGUUGUUGUUAUGGGCCAAACAUUAGAAAAGGUCUUCCUGCAGAAAAUCGAAGCCAUGCCUAAGGAAGAAAUCGAAUUGGAGCCUGUGACACCGAAAGGUGGCAAGAAGAAACCACGUCCAGCCGGUAAACCAGCCACACCCAGCUCUGCGUUGCUACAUACACCUGCCACCGGUUCAGCAGCGACUAAAGCCGCUGCCACCGCCGCUACAGGUGGUACACCUCGAGCACCCGCACGUCCACACUCAUCGCUGAGCAGCACAGUGUCGUCGACUGGCGGUGGCGCAACGGCAACAACUACACCCGCCAUUCCACCCAUUGGGACAAUGCCACCGCAAACAGUUCCCGGCAGCACAAAUACAACAACUACCGCCAUUGUUGGUGGUGCGGGUGCAGCGUUAAUAACGGCCGGCGCAACAGUACUACCUACAGGUGGUAUAUUACCAGCUGGUAGUGUAGCUGGUGGUUCCUUGGUGGGUGCUAAUGCCGCGUUAGCGGCGUCUGUAAAUGCGACCGGUGCAGUAAAUUCAUCGUUACUCGACGCCAGCGGCGGCAGUGUGAAUACGGCGGGCGGUGGUAUUGGUGGUGCACCGAACUCAACACCUGCCGUUGGCGCUGCCGUACUAUCCGCGUAUCACAGCAGUGUUAAUAGCACAGCCGAUGCAGUAAUACCGCCACAACAGCCGGCGAAAAUGAAGAAGGGUGUUAAACGAAAGGCCGAUACAACGACGCCGACUGCGAAUGCAUUUGAAAUGGCACCUUAUGCGCAAAUCGAUUCCAAGAGCGCCAAAAUCGCAACUAGACGCGAAUCCAGUCGACAGGUAAUGAAUAAAAAGGAUCUCACAUUCCAAGGAUCCGCUUAUCCCUUGUCGCCGAUGGCCGUCGCUGGCAUGGCGCCUGGCGGCAUGGGCGUAGCCGGCGGUGUUGGCGGCGUUCCCGGCGUAGUCAAGAAUAAAGAAAAGCUGUCGGACGCACUUAAAUCAUGCAAUGAAAUCCUCAAAGAGCUGUUUUCGAAAAAACACUCUGGCUACGCUUGGCCCUUCUACAAACCCGUCGACGCCGAGUUGCUCGGUUUGCAUGAUUAUCACGACAUUAUCAAGAAGCCGAUGGAUUUAGGCACAGUGAAGCAGAAAAUGGACAAUCGCGAAUAUAAAAGCGCACCCGAGUUCGCCGCCGAUGUGCGAUUAAUAUUCACCAAUUGCUAUAAGUAUAACCCGCCAGAUCAUGAUGUCGUUGCCAUGGGUCGCAAGCUGCAGGACGUUUUCGAAAUGCGCUACGCUAAUAUACCCGACGAGUCGGUAGCCAACGCUGUUGCGGCGGUCGUAGCUGCUGCCCACCAUGCAUUCUCCGCAACAACGAAACGUGGCGGUGUUGGAGGCGGCGUUGGUGGUGUUGGUGAUGGCAGCGAUUCAUCGUCGGACGAAUCCUCAGACACGGAAAACGAAUCGAAUUCGGAUGAGGAGCGCAAUGCGAAACUGAAAUUGCUGGAGGCCAAGCUACUCGAUCUGCAAGAGGAGAUGCGCAAAUUGAUGGAGGAAGCCUCAAAUAAGAAGAAAGCGAAGAAAAAGUUGAAAGAAAAGAAGAAGGGUGGCACUGGUGUGGGGGUUGGUGCAACGAUGGCUGGUGUUGGUGGCGCGCAUGCACAAACCGGUGGCGUUGGUGUUGUAGGCGCCGGUGUGGGUGUUAAUGCGGCGCUAGUGGCGGGCACGAAUUUGCAUGGUGGCGAUUUAGCCGCCGCAAUGGCGAUGGGUCAGUUAGGUGCUGGACCGGUGGGCGUCAAGGGUACGCCGUUAGCUGCAGGCUUAGCGGGCACAGCAGCAGUCGGUGUAACGCCCGGUGGCAAGGGCAAUAAGGUGAAGGGUCAACGCGGUCCCAAAGCGGGCGCGGCCAGUGGCGGCACACCUGGCGCUGGCGGCGCUGCGAGCGCCAAUAAGCGUGCGAAGGGCGGCGCAGCGGCAGCAGGCGCAGGUGGUGGCGCUGGUGCGACAGCUGGUGCUGGCGGUGCAGCUCCGCGCGGCACCAACAAAAAGAAGCCCAGUCAGGUGAUGAAUUUCGAUUCAGAGGAAGAGGACACGGCCAAGCCGAUGUCGUACGAUGAAAAACGACAGUUAUCGUUGGAUAUUAAUAAACUGCCGGGUGACAAGCUUGGUCGUGUUGUGCAUAUAAUUCAAAAUCGCGAGCCUUCUUUGCGCGACUCCAAUCCGGAUGAGAUCGAAAUCGAUUUCGAAACAUUGAAGCCGUCAACGCUGCGCGAACUGGAAAGCUAUGUGGCAUCCUGCCUACGCAAAAAAACUCGUAAGCCCUACUAUAAAAAACCAUCUGGCAAAUCUAAAGAUGAGCAAAUGGCGGAGAAGAAGCAGGAAUUGGAGAAGCGGCUGCAGGAUGUCACUGGUCAAUUGGGUACCAGCAAGAAGACGGCCAAAAAAGACGAAUCCUCAUCGAAUAAAGUGGAAGCCGCACCGCCCACGGCUCGCCUUUCAUCCAGUUCCAGUUCUAGCGAUUCAUCAUCGUCCAGUUCAAGUGACAGCAGUUCCAGCGAUUCGAGUGAUAGCGAAGCAGGUGAUAUUGAUAGUCGUCCACCGAGAAAGAAGAAACCCCGUGAUUCAAGUGGUAGCAAUAAUGUAAAUAAUUCAACUAUAGCACCCACCAGUGUUGGCCUGAAUACAGCAACAACUGUUGGCAGCAUUGGCAGUAAUCCUGCAGCAGUUUCAACCUCAAUUACGUCCACAAUAGCCGCAACGCAGCAAGCGGCAAAUGCAACGCAACAAUUGCAGCAUCUACAAACGACAAUGGCCGGUGUGCCAGCUACGGGGGUAACAACACAAAGUACGAGUAGUUUGGCGCCGCCAAUGACCGCUCCUACAUCACAGCUGAACGCAGUUACGGGUAGUGGAACACAAAUGAGUGUUACUCCCUCGACAGCAGCAACGACGCUUGCAGGUGCUGCGACGGAUCCAGCCAUGUCUGCUGUUGCCCUACUUAACAACAAUAACAGCAGUAAAACAUCAUUAAUACCGACUUCGGUUGGUAGCGGUGUUGGUAGUGCUCUAAAUGCCAUGAGCGGCGCAACAACAAUCGGCGGCGGCACCACUGCAGCUUCCGCGGCUGGUACUACAGCUGCAACCACAAUAAGUAACAGUAGCAUCGCCAACAGCGGUGCAGCGGGCAGUAACGGUCCCAAUGACUUGACAAUGCCAACGGUAUCAAGCGCUGCCGCCGCACUACUCGCCUCAUCUGCAAGCGCAGCGUCGCUGACUGGCUCCCUACUUACUACAUCACAAACUAACAGCGGCAGCAACACUAGCGGCAAUAAUAAUAAUAACAACAACACAACUACCACAAAUAUUGGCGGCAUACGUGUUGCCAGUAAUUUACACAAACUGCCACCGCCGACACCGAUGGAUGUCGCUGAUGCAGCCGGCAUUGGCGGUUUGGGUAUUGGCACGCUACCCUCAAGUGUGCCAAAUACACUACUGCCAUCUGCUGCUGUCGUCACCGCGCCCUCGUCUGUUGUGCCAGCGUCGGUGCCCUCUUCAGUGGCAUCGUCCUUAUUGACUGCUGGUCUCAAACAAAUUCCACAAUUUGAUGAUCCCGUUGAACAGUCGCUGGCAUCGCUAGAGCAGCCAUUAAUAACGGCAGGGUCGGCCAAAAGCGUCGCGGAUAACUUCCUCAUGAAUGCCCACCUAAUGCAACAACAACAGCAGCAGCAACAACAACCGCAACAACUCACACAUGGUAACCAUGGGCAAAAUGCGGCAGCGCAGCAAGCUUUCGGCGCAUUACAGCAGUCACAGCAGCAACAGCAGCAGCAGGCAGCUGCGCAACAUGCGCAUGCCGGCAAUCAUCAUCAUAUGGAUUUAAUGUCGGAGUUAUUAUCGAAGAAUGCCGCCGAAAACGUUUCUGGCAUGAAUGGUAAUCAUUUCCCGUUGAUGCAGCUCGGCGAGGGUCUCAACAAUCGGAUUAGCACAAUGGCCGCAGCGGUGGCCGCGCAACAUUUCCAACAGGCCAUGGCGCAUUCGCAGCAACAGCACCAUCAACAGCAACAACAACACGCACACAAUAACGGUUACAACAGCGCUGCUGAUCGUGCGCUAGAUAGUCUGGCGUUAGCCGGUUUGGGGCUGUCCCAUGCCGGUGGCGCCGGCACUGGUUCAAUUUUCGAACAAUUGCCAUCGAUGGGUGGUAGUCACAACGAAUUUCUUGCCGCCAUGAUGAUGGGCGGUGGCGCACCGGGUAUGCCUGGCAACUUGUCACUGAGUGGUGGUAAGAAAGAUGCCGCCAAUGCGCUCGGUUUGAGCGAUCAUCAAGUGGCACAGCAAUUAUUGCAAUCUCAACCGCCGCUUCAGCCCAAUAAGUUACUUAUCACGCCCAAGCCCAUCGAAUCAAUGAUGCCUAGUCCACCUGAGAAGAAACCACACCAGCAGGUUCAACAAGUAGCGCCGCCACAACAAUCGCCAUCCGAUCUGAAGAUACCAACAGCCGCAAGUCUGGGCAGUGCCAGCGGUUUGGGCUCGAAUCAAGCGAAUUUCGCGCAAGCUUUCAAAUCGGCGCACGAACAAAACCUUAAAAAUGCCAGUUCGUGGUCGUCACUGGCAUCGGCCAGUUCGCCACAAAAUACACCGACUUCCAACAAGCCUAAACCCGCCAUGGAUUCGUUCCAACAGUUCCGCAACAAAGCCAAAGAGAAAGCCGAUCGCCUGAAGUUGUUGGAAGCCGCUGAGAAGGAGCAAAAACGACAGAAGGAGGCGGCCGAAAAGGAGCAACAGCGUAAGCAGCAUCACAAGCAACCGUUGGGCGCAAUUGGUGUGGGUGGUGGUGUAACGGGUAACGGUAAUAGCGCAGUUGGCGGUACUAGUGCCAACGUCAUUGGCGUUGGUGUCGGCGGUGGUAGCACUGCCGGUGGAGUGAGUGGCGUUAGUGGUGCGGGCGGUGGCAGUGGUGGCGCUGGUCACCACACAUCCGCAUCGGCAGCAUCAUUGUCACAGUCGGCGCAUGCGCACGGGCAUUCGCACGGACACGUUAGCCACGGUCAUGGGCAUGCGGUCAACAGCAGUGGCGGUGGACAUAUGCAUUCGACGGCAGCUGACGUCAACAUGGAAAGUGGGAGAAAAAGCGUGCACGACGUUACUCAGGUGCAGAAUUCACGUGUAGACGAUAUCAAAGCGUCACCGCAGGGCAGCGGAUCACCGGCCGGUGCCGCGCAACAAUCGCCACAAGACCGCGCCGCGGCAAGACGUGCAGAGCUGCGACGUCUCGAACAGGAGCGACGACGCCGUGAAGCGAUGGCUGGUCAAAUCGAUAUGAAUAUGCAAAGUGAUCUAAUGGCGGCCUUCGAAGAAUCGCUUUAAUAAAUAAAAAAUCCCAGCAGUGUUGUAGAGUAGAAAACUCAAUUGAAUACCCAAUACUACAAACAGUUAGUGCUAGCCUAAUAUAAUGCAGGUUUGUGAUCAAUACAUAUACAUACAUAAUAUAAAUAAAUAGUGCGAGUGUAUGAAAGCCAGCACAAAUUGUGUCUAAACAACAAUAACAACAACUAUAACAAAGUGGAGUUAGAUAUGUAUAUUGAAAAUUGCUUCAAUGCACCUAAAAUCCAUUUAAGAUUCAAUGGCAACUGCGAUUGAAGCGUUUUAAGUGUAGAAUACACUACAAUUCAUCCAAAUUAUGUAAGAAAGCUAAAAAAAAGCAUUAAUGCUGGAUAUUUGUUUGGCUAAACGCACUAAACAGUCAAAAGAACAGAAAAAAUGCAUUAAAAAUAUAAUUAAAUUUUAGUAGUACGUAAGUGAAAGCAAAAUAACGGGACGACGUUUAGAAAGCGUAGAAAACAAGAGCAUAGGAAAGGAAGGAAGCAAGCGUUGAAUGUGUGAAUGAGCAACAGUAGUUCGGCUCCUUACCGUUAAUUUACGUAUGAAGAGCGGAAGAUGGUCGACAAGCGGAGCACAGCUGAAGAUGUGAGUUUGUGUUGGCUUAAAGAAAGCAGCAAAACGGAAACAAGCGAACUUAGCUGUUGCUGAUAAUAAAUUAAUAAAUAAUAACAAUAAUUAUAAUAAAAAAAUGUUAAUAAAAUGAAUAAUAAACAGUUGUAUGUUGAUAUGAAACGAGAAUACACACACACACACAAAAAAAAACAAAAAAAUAUUAUAUAUAUUAUAUAGUUUUAUAGAAAAAUAAAAUAAAAUAGCAGCAUUUUUUUAACAAAUACACAUACACACCCCUUGCACACACACACGCGUUUAUAUAUUUACAUAUAAUAUAUAUAUAUGUAUAUGUUAUAAGAGUCGUGCUGUGGUUUUGUGUGAAUGCCAGCAAAAAGCAGAAAAAAUCAAGCAAAAAAUGCAAAAAUUCAAAAUAUUGCGCAUUCUAUUCACUUUGUCUGUUUGGCUAGCAAGCGCAAAUGUUGUAUAAAUAAACAAUAGCAUAGUAGCUCUAAACACAAGCGUUCACACACACACACACAUAUAUAUAUAUAUAUGUAUAUGUAUAAAUAAAUAUAAUUUUAAUGACUUGCAAACUGUAUAAUUGCAAACAAUUAAAAUCAUACAUACACUUAUAUAUAAAUCAAUAAAUAAAUAUAUGCAUAUAUACAAAAACAAAUAAUUAGAAAAACACAACAACAAUAAUGUUAAUAAACGUGAACACUACAACAAUUAGCAUAAAGGCUAUUCUUUCCUUUUACUAAAACAAAACUGAAUACCUAACACUUCAUAAUAAUAUGAACCAAUAUAAAUUAAAAAUAAUUUAAACUAUGAAAAUUAAAAGAUAAUUGUAACGUUGAUAAAACCUAUACAUAUAUAUGCAUAUAAAUAAACAAUUUGUUGCAGUGUGCAUACAAGAAAAAUUAUGUAAAAGUAAAUGAUGUAAACACAUGAGAGAAAAAAUAAUAUUAAAAUACCAUUUAUUUAGUUUUUAGUAUUUAAUAUAUAAAUAAAAAGAAUUACAAAAAAUA